ACUUGCUCCAAAGUCCAAAAGUCGGUCAUCUUCGCAUAUAGGCGAGAGUCGUCGACCCAGACACCCAGGCAAGCCACGGAGAAUCCGGAUUCUUUCUGAAGCGAAAAUGGUCUGCUUGGCAUGUCUGUUACCGCUCUUCCUUGUUCCAAUUGUCAACCUUUUGCCCCUUCUCUUCGAUUUCUUCAUGGCAAAGGUUUACAGAUUAUUUGGGAAGGAGUAUCAAAAACCUGCAAGGGUUCCUCCUGCUUGUCCGUAUAAACCAUCGGCCACCAAACCCAAUAAUUCAGUUUCAGAAGGACCUUCUCCUAUAGACCAAGAUCCUCACAGGCAGAUAUCGGCUGGAGGUGAUGAUGGCAAGCGUGAAUGAAAGUUUUACCAUUUUAUGUGAAAUUAUAUGAUAUAUUUUCUUCUGUAUGUUCAUUUUCUAUUGAACACAAGGGAAAAAUAGGUGUAAAAAGACAAAGUAAGAUUUGUGCAACAUGAUGUGUACUCUGUUAGUCUGAAAAAGCUACCUGAUAACUUUGAUUAUAAUAAGAAUUGUACCCCAAUCUUGAGUGAAUUCAUCUAUCUUAUUGUGGGAUAUGCUCACAA